AUUAUUCAAUUUCAACAAUUUCUUGACUCAAUUCAAUAAAUCGAAAAAAAAUGGCGGAAGAAGCACCGCCGCCGCCGUGGCCGGAGCUCCUCGGCAGCAACGACUGGAAAGGCCUCCUGGACCCCUUAAACCUCACCCUCCGCCGCCUCAUCCUCCGCUGCGGCGACUUCUGCCAAGCCACCUACGACGCCUUCAACAACGACGCCAACUCCAAGUACGCCGGCAGCAGCCGCUACGGCAAGAAGUCCUUCUUCGACAAAGUCAUGCUCGAGUCCGCCGCCGACUACCAAGUCUCCUGCUUCCUCUACGCCACCGCCCAGCUCAGCGUCGCCCAGGCCGUCUUCCUCCGCUCCCUCCGCCCGGACGCCUGGGACCGCGAGUCCAACUGGAUCGGCUACCUCGCCGUCACCACCGACGCCGUCACGGCCGCCCUCGGCCGCCGCGAGGUCUACGUCGUGUGGCGCGGGACGUCCCGGACGUACGAGUGGAUCAACGUCCUCGCCGCCGUCCCCCAGUCCGCCGCCGAGCUCCUGGCCGCGCCGGAGCCCGGCGACGACGACGACGACGAUGAGAGGGCGCCGAGGGUCAUGAAGGGUUGGCUGACGAUUUACGAGUCGUCCGACCCGAAAUCGCCCUUUACCAAAUUGAGCGCGCGCUCACAGAUGCAUAAGAAGAUUAUGCACCUGCGAGAGCGGUACAAGGGGGAUAGCCUCAGCAUAAUCAUGACGGGGCACAGCCUCGGCGCGACUCUGGCGACCAUCGCUGCGUUCGACCUCGUCGAGAACGGCGUCCGCGACAUCCCUGUCGCGGCCGUGGUCUUCGGCAGCCCCCAGGUGGGAAACAAUGCAUUCAGGGAGCGGGUGGCUCAGUACCCGAACCUAAAAAUCCUGCACGUGCGGAACAAGAUCGACCUGAUCACCCGGUACCCGAGCGUGUUGCUCGGGUACAGGGACGUGGGGGUGGAUCUGGAGAUCGACAACAGGAAGUCACCGAGCCUGAAGAGAUCGAUGAAUACCGGAGACUGGCACAACCUGCAGGGGAUGCUGCACGUGGUGGCCGGGUGGAACGGGGCGGACGCGGAGUUCGAGCUGAAGGUGAAGAGGAGCUUGGCUCUUGUUAACAAAUCUUGCGAGUAUUUGAAGGAUGAGCUUUUAGUCCCCGGUAUGUGGUGGGUGGAGAAGAAUAAAGGGCUUGUGCGUGAUGACGACGGCGAGUGGGUCCCGACGCCGCCGGCGGAUGAGGAUCAGCCGGUGCCGGAGUUUCCGUGAUUGGAUGUGUCGUUUUGUACAUAUGUUUGUUGCGUUUUGGAAUGAUCACGAAUUGAUUGUUUAUAUUUAAGUUUACGUAAAUGAUUAUUUAUGCAUCA